AGAGAUCACACUGUAAAGCCCCAACCUUGUAUCGAAACAGUGGUACAAGGGAAGAGAAAGAAAUUAUAGUUCUGUGCUAAAAUUUUGUAUUGAAGAUGUCGUUACUCUCCGAUCUAAUCAACCUUAACCUCUCCAACACUACUGAGAAGGUGAUCGCGGAAUACAUAUGGGUUGGUGGAUCUGGUAUGGACAUGAGGAGUAAGGCACGGACUCUUUCAGGUCCGGUUAAUGAUCCUUCCGAGCUUCCCAAAUGGACCUAUGAUGGUUCCAGCACUGGUCAAGCUCCUGGAGCAGAUAGUGAAGUGCUGUUAUAUCCACAAGCAAUUUUCAAGGAUCCAUUCAGGAGGGGUGAAAAUAUUCUGGUUAUGUGUGAUACUUACACUGCUGCGGGAGAACCCAUUCCUACCAACAAGAGAUAUAAUGCGGCAAAGAUAUUUAGCCAUCCUGAUGUUGUUGCUGAAGAACCCUGGUAUGGCAUUGAGCAAGAAUACACCUUGUUGCAGAAAGAUGUCCAAUGGCCCCUCGGAUGGCCUAUUGGUGGUUUUCCUGGACCCCAGGGACCCUACUAUUGUGGUGUUGGAGCAAACAAAGCUUUCGGACGGGACAUUGUGAACUCUCAUUUCAAAGCCUGUCUUUAUGCAGGCAUUAACAUUACUGGAAUUAAUGGAGAAGUGAUGCCCGGUCAGUGGGAAUUCCAAAUUGGUCCAUCGGCUGGCAUAUCUGCCUGUGACGACUUGUGGGUUGCUCGCUACAUUUUGGAGAGGAUCACCGAGAUUGCUGGGGUGGUGCUUUCUUUUGAUCCUCAACCGAUUAAGGGUGAUUGGAAUUGUGCUGGCGCUCACACGAAUUUCAGUACCAAGUCCAUGAGAAGCGAUGGUGGCUAUGAAGUCAUCAAAAAAGCAAUCAGUAAGUUGGAAAAGAGGCACAAGGAGCACAUAGCCGCUUAUGGAGAAGGCAAUGAACGUCGUUUGACAGGAAAACACGAGACAGCGGACAUAAACACCUUCAUAUGGGGUGUUGCGAACCGUGGUGCUUCAAUUAGGGUAGGGAGGGACACAGAGAAGAAAGGGAAGGGAUACUUUGAGGAUAGGAGACCUGCAUCUAACAUGGACCCUUAUGUCGUCACUUCCAUGAUUGCUCAGACAACCAUUCUUUGGAAACCAUGAAAGUAGUCUGAGAGCAAUCACAUGUGCCUUCCUUAUAUCUUUGAUGCCUUGCUUGUGUGUUUACUAUGAUAAUUUGUGUUUUUAUAAUGUUUUCUUUGUACUCUGGUUGGUUGUUAGGUCUUGUUUGUUGGUUGUUUCAUUUCCUCAGUGUACAUUUCAAUUAGUGUUGGAAUAAUGUAAUGGUCCUCAAGUAAUUAUAUGCUGUUGUUUUGUGUGA